AUGCGCUGCAAACAAUGCAAUCGCACCGACUUUCAGCUCGAUGAAGACACAGGGAAUCCGUAUUGCAGUGGAUGUGGGACGAUCCCGGAGUACGAUAACUACGUGGCCCAAAUCGGCGGCAUAAACGGACCUCAAGGUACGUAUAUCCAAGUAGGCAGGACCGGUAUAGGCCAUGUCCUCGCUUAUAAAGAGAAGAAGGUCUAUGAAGCUAAGAACUUGAUUGAAGUAAUCGCAGAGAGAUUGAAUCUAGGUACUAAAUCUGAAGAGGUUAAGUCUAUGAUCGGUAAAAUCACCGAUGGGGAAUUUGGGCAAGGUGAUUGGUUUCCGAUUUUGAUUGGAGCUUGUUGUUAUGCUGUGAUAAGAAGAGGAGGAGGAGAGAGCGUUUUGCCUAUGGAGGAGAUUGCUGAUGCUGUUGGAUGUGAUUUGCAUCAGCUGGGGAGUAUGGUUAAGCGUGUUGUGGAGCAUUUGGAGCUGGAGUUGCAAGAGAUUAACCUCGUGGGUUUGUUCACGAAGACGGUGACUAAUUCGUCGAGAUUGAGUGGUGUUGAUAGGGAGAAGAAGGAGAGGAUAACAAAGCAAGGAGCUUUUCUGAUGAACUGUUCGUUGAAGUGGUCUCUGUCUACAGGGAGGAGACCAAUGCCUUUGGUUGUGGCUGUGUUGGCGUUUGUGUGUCAGGUGAAUGGUUUGAAGGUGAAAGUUGAUGAUUUGGCUAAAGAUGCUGUGGCGUCGUUGAAUACUUGUAAACUGAGGUAUAAAGAGAUAGCGGAGAAGCUUGUGAAGGUUGCGGAAGAGGUUGGUUUGCCUUGGUGGAAAGAUGUUACUGUGAAGAAUGUUGUGAAACAUUCAGGGAGUUUGCUUGGUUUGAUGGAAGCCAAGUCCAUGAGAAAGAGAAUCGUAGGGAAAGGGGAUGAAUUGGUGAGAAGUGAAGGGUUGUGUUUGAAGGAUAUAGUGAGGGACUGCUUAAGCAGAGAAGCUAUGUAUUGUUAUGAUGAUGGUGAUGGUGAUGGUGAUGGACAAGAUAAGUUGUCUCGGUAUUUUGAUGUAGGAGGAGAUGAAAGUCAGCUGAGUUGUGUAUCUAACGGGGAUGAUAGUGAGGCGGCGAAGCAGUUGUCUACUACGUAUAAAGAGUUUGAUGAUGGAGUUCGAAACGGGACUAUUGUGAGAAGAAGUGAGGAGAAUGAUAACAGUGGUAGAUCUGUUUUUCAGAUGGUUCCAUGUGAAGAUUGGUGGAAGGGGAAAUCGAAGAUGAGUCAAAGGCUUCCGCUGAAGGAAGUGUUGGAGAAAGAUGUAGGGCUUGAGGCUUUGCCUCCUUCUUACGUUAGAGGUUGUGCUGCAGUGGAGAGACGGAGAGAGAAAAUUAAGGCGGCUAAGUUAAGGAUUAAUAGUGUACAACAACAUUCUGCUGAGGCUGUUAGUGAAAGUGAGUCGUGUUUGGAGCUUGUUGAAGAGCACAGGAAGAAGAAAAGGAAGAUAGGAUCUGAAAUGGAUUGGGAGGAUUUGGUGAUACAGACUCUGGUCUUGCACAAUGUGAAUGAUGAAGAAAUCGAGAAGGGGCAUUACAAAGCUUUCCUUGGUUUGCAUGUUUUCAACAACUGA